UUAACUAUAAUUUAGCUUUAUAACCAUCACUUUUGAAUACUACCGUUGCAAUAGGUAGAUUUAUAGCAACGGUUGUUAAAGUCUUUGCGGUAAAAUCAUCUAUGAUAACACUUCAUGAGCAAAAAAAAAUUAUUGCAUCGACUCUUUAAAUUCCCUUUACAAAAAUUUUCAAGUCCGCCCAAAAAAACCAUUUUAAUAAAAACCUCUCUCUUAAACCAAUUAUCGAUUUUGCGGAUAACAAACCAUAUUGCGAUUUUGUGGGUGGUACCCAUUAGAUUGUUUUCCGAUGGUGAAAGCCAGCCUCACUCGCCGGCCACCGUGGUUCUCUGGGCGAUUUAAUUUCAGACCAACAUUUGAAGAAUGUAUUUUGUCUUGCCAGGUUGACCUUGUUAAGGAAGGUGGACAUAGGUAUUUCAUUAGAUUUCUUGACAGCGGUGAGGCUUAUCCAGAGCAAAGGGCAAUGUCUUUACUUGUCUUGGCAGUAAUUGUUGAUGGUCAGAGACGGGGUCAGGAGGCGUGUAUUGUUUUAGGGCUUAUUAAUGUCUUCUUGAAGCAUAUUCAAGCAUCAAUCUGUAAUGAUGCCCAAACUGAACUCGUGUUUCUUCAAAGGCUGUGCCUUUGUCUGCGAAAGCUCUGGAAGAAUUUCAAGGAGGCUCAAGUACUAGGUUUUCAGGCAGAUGCGUCAGUAAUAUUUGGGCCUCUACUUUGUCAAUCGUAGCCUGAGGUUUGUUGUUUAGUUAUAUGUUAAGUUAGUGUAUUAUUACUAUGGUUCUGCAUUAUUUGUUCAAACUAUUGUAAAGAGAAAUUUUUUUACGAACUGCAUCUAUAUUUGCACUAGGCACUUGAUGUUGGGUUUGAUACAUCUAGGGAUGACAUUGGAGAGGAGGAAGAUUAUGAUGACGAGGGAAAAAUGAGGGGAGAAUUCAUUAUAAGGAGACAUUUAAGUUCAGUUUUUUAUGCUUGCCCGUUGGUACCAGCUGAUUUGCUGUUGGUAUGUAUUUACUGAAUUAAUCCCACCCUAGGGAGAGCUUUCUUUGUGAUGCACUUACUUUUGUUCCUAAUUUGUUUGCUGAUUUGUCCCAUGUUUGAUCUUUCUUUGUGUAAGAGUAGAAUAUUGCAAGUUCUAUUAUUGUAGAAAUUUGAUGAUAUGUCUGAAGCAGUCUACCAUUACAUUUCUUGUAUGAUGAGGACACCCCCUGAACUAAAUCUGGCCAGACUAUGAAUGUUGUUUAUCUUUCACUUUGAAGUGGUAGCCUUAUGUUGAAUGAUACCAUUAUUUAGUAACAUAUUACUUGUUCGAAAUGUGUGGAGGAUGCGAAUUAGGAUAGAAGGAUAGUACGAAGGAGUGUGUCCUUGCUAGUAGGUAGGAGUACUUUGUUUUGUUAUUGUGCUAGUGGACAAUGCUAAUUGUGCUUGGGGACAAGAAUUCCAGAAUGCUUCAUUACGUGCUAGGCAUAUAUGAUAUAUUAGAAUAGUUGACACCAUCCAUAAAUCUCUCUACACAGUCUCUCCUUAGCCCUCCUAGCUAUACAUACCCACCAGCUUUCUAGCUUCAUAUUUUAUCGUCUGAUCUUUAGCCAUCCUUGUAUAUUCUCAACCUAUUUUUUUUAGAGAAACACAUUGGAGGAAUAGAUUUUCUAUUUUCUUUUUAUCUAUAGUACAUAAAGCACAACCCUCAUCUUCUCCUAGCCCCAGCCUUUUAAGAGUAUUCUUUUUCAUUAAUCUCUUGUGUAUAGCUAGCAAACAUAUGAACUGCUGCUUUGGAUUGCUUGCUUUGCACCAUAUGCCUCUCCAGUUUAUCCUUGAGGGGUUAUCCCUCUUAUCCAUUCAUACCAACUAUGGAUAGUGUAUGUACCAGUUGGCUUUAACCAAUCAGUCCCCGUAAAUCCUACAACAAAUUUCUGUUUUACUCCACAUGCCUGCUUUUAGGUAUGUUAGCAGAUCUUAGGGAAGGUAAUGUUUUUAUUCAUCUGUUUUACACUCUGAUUAUAUUUUUAGAUAAGGUAAUUGUUCUGCAGAUCCUUUAGCCAACUUAGGAAAGGAAUCUAAAGCAAAUAUUACCCUCAAGACUUGUAACAACAACAACAUAUCUGAUGUAAUCCCACAAAUGAGAUCUUACUUCUACCUUUAGACCAUUUCAAAUAGACCCCCGAACCACGACUUUCAUCGUAUAAAAAUAAAUGAAUUACCUGUGCAAUGCAACCUCCAAGACCCAUUCUUUCAAAUAUCUGGCGAAAGGACACUGCAAGCGUAAGUGGUCUAAUAGUAACUGAUUCUGUGACAUCUCUAAAGUCACACCAAUUAUAACUGAAUAAAAGAUUAUACCAAUUUCCAACACUUGUGAUACUAAUAUCUGCUUCAUUUUUAUUAAUUCCUCUUCCUCUUUCUCCUGCUCCGCGUGCUGAAUCUCAACAUCAACAAUUUUCUUACUCACACUUUCUGAUUCUUCACUCUUCCUGAUUGUUGCAUAUCUAAUAAAAUCUAGAAUCACACAUUGGCAUGGAAGUACUGGUGUAUUUUUGGUUAACUGUUCUGUGUUCUAAUAGCGACUUGGAACUUGAAAAUAUUUAUUUUCUUCUAUGUUAGUCUAUGAGUUUAAGCAUUUUUGUAUUGCUUAGAAUCAUUUUUAGUUUUAUUUGAUAGAGAAGUUUGAUAUGAGUUGUUGUUUGUUUGCCGUUACAGCAUUAUAAAGGAAGAAAGAGUAAACAUGUAUAGAAAUUUUACAUUGUUCUCUAUAUAAUUCUGUUCUUUUAUACUCUGAUUGGAGCUUUGGUUAAGAUCUGAUUGUUUCUAAAGCGAGGUUGACUUUAGAGCUUUUAGCAGCUUCCAUGACCCGUCUAAUCUGGAGUAGCAGGAGAACUUUAUGGUCCAUGAUGUUACAGAAAAUGCAAAACUUGAGGUCAUUUUUAGCUUGAGAUCAACUGGAAAAUUUGUUGAUUACUGCUUAGCUUUCCACAACAAGGACGUUUACUAGAAAAGUGCCGAUCUUGCGAAUCAUUGUGCACAUAAUCUAUUUUGCAAUAAGAUUUUAAAUUAUAUUCAUUGACAAUGUGAUAAACCUUAUUUUUUGAUUUACAAAUUUCACUUCAGAAGUUGGGAAAGGGCCUACCAUACUAAUAAGUAAGUUAUGUUCACUACCUUAUUUCACCUUCAUGUAGUUUAAUGCAUUACUAGAAAUAAGCAUAACAUGAAUGGGAAGUGAAAUGAGAAUGCAAAGGAUUGUACGUGUAGUUGUACCGAUACAGGACAAAGAAAAUGAUUAACUUUGAGGACAGGAGCAGACAGCUUCACUUCUAAUGAUUGAAGAUAAGUUUCUAGCCACACAAUCAUAUUUGGCAAGGCUAACUUUUACCUCGUAUAAUGAAGAAGCUGCUUACGGACAAUGACAAGUAUAGAAGUGGAAGGAAUAAGUUUUUCCUGCUUUUUUUUCCUUCCCAGUUGUAACCUUUCAGUUUGCUGAUUCUCUGUCUUUUGCUUCAAAUUAUACACGAUCGCCCAACUUUUCCUCUUUAAAUAUGUUUUUAUUUAAGUGCUAAAUGAGCUUAUUUAUUCUCUUUUUGUAGGUGUUCAAAAUGAA